AAAAACUUCGCGAACGACAACGAAUACUUACUUGUAUCGCCUGGCUCGUCUCACCGCGGAGGAAAAGGCCGCAAUCAUGCAAGACAGAGACGAGUUCAUCCGCACAUGCACCUACGAGGGCGUCGAUUGCACCAGCUAUUUCUUGCCGUACGUGAGCACGACUUACGGAACCUGCUAUUCCUUCAACCUGAUUCUGAACAACGACUCCGAUCCGCUCGCCGGAUCCAGGAAAACCGUCUUCACCGACAAACCCUAUGGGUUGGAGUUGGAGUUGUACCUGAACGCGAGCGAGUGGCCGUCGAGCGUGCUGUCGUUGGAGGGCGGCGUCCGCGUCGUCAUCCACCGACACGACAGCCUCCCUUCCCCCGAGGAGACCGGAUUCGAUGGCCUGCCACGAAUGUCGCCCUCAGACAGGUCCAAACCUAUGACUGUCGACCUAAGAUAG